GGAGCGGUGGAAAGAGAAAUCGGGAUGCCAGUGGCCGAUAUCGUGAUAAGUAUUGGAGGUCUUUCUUCAGCGGUAUUCUAGUCUCCCAAAUCUUUUUCCCUACGGAGUCUAAUUUUUUUUUUUCCCCCUCCCAGACGCUCUCCCUUUAGCGCUUGGGUUUCCAUGAUCAGAUCUUAUUCUCGUCGCCUUUCAUCCCACACCUCCCACUUCCUUCUUUCAUCUCCUCCUUUGUCCAGAAGAACGUAGUGAGUCUAAGAGGGAAAAAUUAACGCCUUGCUUGUAUUAGUUCGAUUCUGGUGUUAAUUAGUAGCAUGAGCAAGCUGGGGUUGGGAUCGGGAAUAAAUCCAGUGGUCUCGGCGGGGGCGACAAUUUUCCGGCAGUUGAAGAAGAGCAGGAAGAGCUCGUCGACGGCGAGCUCGACGACCGGCGUGGUACUUCUCUUCUUUCUCAUCGUCGUCCUGCUCGGCGCCUUUAUUUCAGUCCGCUGGAUUAACGUCGCGUCCAUUCGAAGCAUCACCGACACCGAUACCAAGACUCAGAAUCUGAUCGAAAUUCCCACCACCUCCACCUCCCACCGAGCCCCUCCACCGCAACCUCUCCCCCCAAAACCCAAACUCAAACCAAAACCAAAACCACUCAUAAUACCAUUCAGCUGCCCCAUCGGCAACCAGAACUCAACCGGCAUCUGUCCUUCAACACCACUCCCGCCUCCUCUUUCCGACGACGCCUCCCUCCCCCCUUCCCCCUCAUGCCCGGACUAUUUCCGGUGGAUCCACGAGGACCUCCGCCCAUGGAAGUCCACCGGCAUCACCCAAGAAAUGGUCAAAAGAGCCCGAAGGACCGCCAACUUCCGCCUCGUCAUCCUCGACGGCCGGGCCUACGUUGAGUACUACCGCCCCUCCUUCCAGAGCAGGGAUGUCUUCACUCUCUGGGGUAUCCUCCAGCUCCUUCGCCACUACCCUGGCCGCAUCCCGGACCUUGAACUUAUGUUCGACACCGUCGACUGGCCUGUCAUCAUGGCCCGGGACUACCGCGGCAGGAAUGCGUCGGUGCCGCCACCUUUGUUUCGAUACUGUGCCGAUGUUUCCACACUCGAUAUCGUCUUCCCUGACUGGUCCUUCUGGGGUUGGCCUGAGAUCAACAUAAAGCCAUGGGAGGCGCUGAGGAGGGAGCUGAAGGAAGGGAAUGAGAGAGUGAGGUGGAUGGAUAGAGAGCCUUAUGCCUACUGGAAGGGAAAUCCAGCAGUGGCUGCCACCCGGCAGGAUCUUCUUAAAUGCAAUGUAUCUGAAGCUCACGAUUGGAAUGCUCGGAUCUAUGCCCAGGAUUGGUUCCAAGAGACUAGGAAAGGGUUCAAGGAAUCGGAUUUGGCCAACCAAUGCAUUCAUAGGUACAAGAUUUAUAUUGAGGGGACAACAUGGUCAGUCAGUGAGAAGUAUAUUCUGGCAUGCAACUCGCUCACACUGCUGGUGAAGCCAAGGUACUAUGACUUCUUCACAAGAGGGCUGAUGCCGGUGCAGCAUUACUGGCCGGUGCGGAGCAACGACAAGUGCAGGUCCAUCAAAUUUGCAGUUGAUUGGGGCAACUCUCACAAGCAAAAGGCACAGGCUAUAGGAAAGGAGGCAAGCAGCUUCAUUCAAGAGAAAGUGAAGAUGGAAUAUGUCUAUGAUUACAUGCUCCAUCUGUUAACCGAAUAUGCCAAGCUCUUGAGAUAUAAGCCUACCAGACCACCCAAUGCCAUGGAAUUGUGCUCCGAGUCCAUGGCUUGCCCUGCAGAAGGUCUUGUGAAAAAGUUUAUGAUGGACUCCAUGGUGAAGUCUCCUCAUGAUUCAGCCCCCUGCACGCUCCCUCCACCCUUCAGCCCAGUGGAGCUCAGGAUGUUAGCAAGGAGGACAGCUAAUGCCAUAAAGCAAGUGGAGAUGUGGGAGCAAAGAGCUUGGGAGAGCCAAGCGAGUAAGCCAAUGCAAUAAAGCUCGUGUUAACAACCUUUUUCCUUGUCCAUAGUCCUAUGGUUGCAUGCAGGAAAGUUCAUUACGUUUCAAUCUUAUUGCCAAGUAGCUCACUUAUAUGUCCUCCACGUAUCUAGGUACAUAAAUUAUGGGGUCCCUUUUAUUUAUGUCUUAUUUUUUGGGAUCACAUGUAUUUUGAUAGUAAUUUGGUUCUCUAUAAAUUAUUGACAAAGUGAAGAAUAUGUGUAUCACAAAAGAUGAUUCUUGGCUGCUGAGGCAUGACGUUUUGAUGAAUAAUCCGAAAAGAUGCUUUGUGAGAGUUGAAGCA